CGUGGUUUUUCUAUAUGGGGUUUUUCUGAGGUAGAAAAACAAAAAACAAAAAAAGAAAGAAAGGAAAUUUUAGAGAGAGAGAGAGAGAGAGAGAAACAGAGAGAUUCCAAGUGUUCUCAUUUGAAUUUGCAUAGAUCUUCUUGCAUUUGCGGCAAAUCUCUGAUCUUGAUAUUUUCUUCGUCUUCGGAAUUGUGUUUUUUCCAUCAAAACUGUUCUCGAUGGAAACUCUGGUCUUUGAACGUAAUUUAGAUGGAUUCUAAACCGAAGAUCUUUUUCCAAGAGUGAGAGGGAUCUGAGUGGUGAUGCUUCGUUUUGUUUGAUGAAUUCUUGUUGCCAUGUAUGUCUAAGAUAUGGUGUUUAAGAAGAGGCUAGAUCAUGGAUUUAAUGGCUUCCGGGUCCCCGCUAUACCUAGAGCUCCCAGAUCUGUUAGAAGGAGGGGUCUGUGUAAGAAAGUUGAGGAUAGUCAAAUCUGUGCAUUUGAAUUACUGGCUUCUAUAGCUGGCAAGUUAUUGCAGGAAAGUGAAAGUUCUGCUUCUAGUAAUGCGUCUGAAGGAAAUGAUCAACCUGCCAGUGGCAAAGGUGCCGUUAAACAGGAACAACAAGAUGAGGGCAAAUCAUACAAGGCAGGGUGGAUCUGUCAGGGAAGUUGCGGAGAAGGUUCUUUUGCCUCUGAGAUGGCAUCGCAAAACAACAGUCACAAGUGCAUCCUGAAGGAAAUUUCACAUGCUGAUAGUGAUGAGGUUUUGGAACGCAAUUCCAUUGUUAAUAAUUCUGAUUGCUCACAGAAAGUCAGCAUCAAUGUGACCGACUUUGGAAAGAUCUCUAGUAAAGUAGAGGGAGGCUCCACACAUUUUGGGGAGUCUUUUGACGGUAAUGUAAAUGAAAUUGAAAGACUGAAUGAGUUUGGGGGUUUAAAACUGAAGGUGCCUAAUACAUGUAGUUCAAAGGAUUCAAUGGAAUUGUUUCUGAAAUCUCCCACAGUGAUAAAAUCUGACAGCAAUGUUGAAUUGCCAUUGUGCCAGGACUUGGCACCUGAUACUUGUUUUUCCAGAUAUAGGAAUGAUGUUAAGUUAGGUAGUAGAGAUGAUGAUGAAAAUUUUUCCAGGUGCUUUAAACCUAGCACCAAGGCAAAGGCUUUUAGGUCUCCACCACGUGUUGCAAACCGAAGAAUAAGGAAACUACUUACUUCCAGAUACUGGAAAGCAGCUCCAAAAUUGAAGGAUUGUGAACUUUCUAGAACUGAUGGAUUAAAACAGUUUUAUCGCAAGAGGAAACCCUGUUGCAACCGUCAGCGUGAUGUGCUCUUUAAGAGGAGGAAAAUGUUUGACCAAAGUUCGGUAGUGAUUUCUGAUGGUGGGUUCAGUUGUGAAAGUGUUUCUAAUUCGCCGGAGAAAUGCAUGACUGAAGAUAAGAACGACGCAGCUACAAUUUUGAAUGGAGCAAAUGGGGUAUCAUCUUCAGUUCUUGGUCAUCAAGCUCCCUUCCAUUCCAAGGGUUCUCAUGUGAAGUUUAGCAUCAAGUCCUUCAGGGUGCCAGAGCUUUUUAUUGAUGUCCCAGAAACUACCACUGUUGGUUCAUUGAAGAGGACUGUUAUGGAGGCAGUAACUGCUGUACUUGGAGGUGGAUUACGUGUUGGGGUUCUUCUUCAAGGGAAGAAGGUUAGGGAUGAUAACAGAACACUAAUGCAGACGGGAAUUUCUCAUAAAGACAAUAUGGAUUCUCUGGGUUUCACAUUGGAGCCCAGUACUGUGCAAAUUCCUCCACCUUUGUGCUCUAGCGAUCUUCCUCUUCUGAUACCGUGUGACCCUUCUCAACUUUUAACCAGAUCCCCAGGAAAUCCUGCUGUAGAGAUCUCUGAUCCGUUAACCGACCCUCCUCCACCGACCAAUUUGGGAAACCAUGUUGAGAGUAACGACAAUACAGUUUCCUCCCAUAUUGACACGACUGACAAAACAGAGCCGGAUUCCAAAGCUCUAGUUGCUCUUCCAGCAAUAAGCAUGGAGGCACUGGCUGUGGUUCCCUUGAAUGAAAAAACAAGGCAUUCUGAAAUCGUACAGCGUCGAACGAGGAGACCAUUCUCUGUAUCGGAAGUAGAAGCAUUGGUGCAUGCAGUCGAGGAACUUGGAACUGGGAGGUGGCGUGAUGUUAAAUUGCGUUCUUUUGAGAAUGCAGACCAUCGAACUUAUGUGGACUUAAAGGACAAGUGGAAAACAUUGGUUCAUACAGCAAGAAUCUCGCCACAACAAAGAAGGGGUGAGCCUGUCCCCCAAGAGCUCUUGGACCGAGUUUUGGCUGCCCAUGCAUACUGGUCUCAACAUCCAGUUAAGCAACAUGGAAAGCAUCAGGCUGGAACCCUGAAGAUCAUGGAGACCCCAGCUGCUGAUGGAAAUGGAGUUGAAGGUAUCUAAUUGUUAUGAUGUAAAAAGAAAAGAAAUGUUGACAGGAGAUCAUCAGGAAACGAAAAUUGUACAAAUUAUUCAAUUUCAUGUAAUAUUCCCACACUCACUCAAUUCAUUGCCGGCAUCCCCUUUGUGGAGUCAUUGGCAUUUGUAAAUGGUUUGAUGGAAUAAGGUUACACAUUCUAACA